UCCCAGUGCGGCGAUUACAAUGUAAAGGGGGUUCAUUAAGUGCCUGUGAACUGGCAGUAAGAGUCUGCAAACAGCAGCACGCACAACACAGCAUUUUCUCAUACAUCGAACAGAGACAGAGAGAGAGGAAAGAAAAUCAACACUAUCUCCUGAAGCGGGAUCCUUGCAUAGUGCAGAAAGUCCUGGGAAUUAAAACUUGCUGAUGUACCACACAGAUCACAGAGCUGUGGGAUUAAACGCUGAUCAGCUGCUGGAACGCUUCUGAAUCCGUGUGAAAGCUGAAAGCAGAAGCCUGCGUUGCAAUUUUUUUUAAAGAAACUUUUAAGGUCUAUGUGUGUGGGGUCAGCACUAAGGACAGGGCCGGCAGUGCAGGGGUGAUGCACCUGUCCGGAAGCCAGGAAGAGACAAAUGCACCUUGACCAUGCUGUCUGGGACCAUCCUCUUUGUCAUCGUUUUCUCAAGUGCUUGCACCUGCCGUGGAGACCGUUACAAGUCUUUCAGUAGAUCCGACACAAAGUUUGAGCACCUAACAGUUGAUCCGGAGACUGGGAAUGUCUACAUUGGAGCUGUGAACUUCCUCUUCCAGCUGACCUCUGAACUGACCGAUCCGGUGGUGCAACCGACUGGGCCACAGAAUGACAGCAAGGACUGCCUCCCUCCUGUCACCCGUAGCGACUGCCCGCAGGCUCGGCUGACAGACAACCACAACAAGCUGCUGCUGAUUAAUCCCUACGGCAAAGAGCUGAUCACCUGUGGGAGUUUGUUUCAAGGGAUCUGUGAAAAAAGGAGUUUGGGGAUGAUUAGCCGGAUUUUGUUCCGACCUGAACGGCCAGUCGACACGCAGUAUGUGGCUGCCAAUGACCCGAAUGUCACGACCGUGGGAUUGGUCGGCCUGUCCAAGGGUGAGGUAGCCGUGCUGUUUGUGGGGCGUGGAUACACCAGCAAAGGUGCCGGUGGAAUCCCGCCGAUCACCACCCGCAACUUGGUGUCAGCAGAGCCACAAAGUCCGGAUUCCCAUCCCACUUUUUCCUAUGAGGAUACAGCAAAGUUGGCCGUGGCUGGAAGGCUUUCGGAGUACAACCACCACUUCGUCAAAUCUUUUAUUUAUCAGUUGUCUGUGUAUUUUCUAUUUUACCGCAGGGACCUCAAGUCCCCCUCCAGGGAAUAUAAGACCUAUGUGUCACGGGUCUGCCUGGGUGACAUGCAUUAUUACUCGUACGUGGAGGUGCCCCUUGCCUGCCAGACCGCAGACAGGAACUACAAUUUACUUCAGGCUGCCUACGUCAGCCGGCCAGGAAAGGGCCUGGCCGACGGGGUUCUCCAAACCGACGGGGAGGUGCUGUUUGCCACCUUCGCUCUUGGUCAGACAUCCACGGCGAAGCCGACGGAAGAGUCAGCACUUUGCAUUUACACCAUGAGUCAGAUCGAUCAGAUGAUCAAUCAGACUCGGGACUUGUGCUACACCAAUCACGGCAAGACCCCAGAUGGCAAUGAGGCAGCCUAUAUAGAGUAUGAAGUCAAAUCCAGCUGCAGUGGGCUAACGUCAGACACUCUUAAUGCCUACCCCUGUGGGUAUGACCACACACCCAGCCCAAUGGCCAGUCGCAUUCCUAUUGAGGCAUCCCUUGUGCUGAAGGUUGCCCAGGGACGGCUGGUCGCUGUAGCAGUGACAGUGGAAAUGGAACACACCAUUGCCUUUGUGGGAGAUGACAAGGGGUACCUGCACAAGGUUUUUGUGAAACCAUCUGGAAAUGUGGAGCAAUAUGCAACCUUAACAAUCCAGCCCAACGUUGCAAUCAGUGGUGAUCUGGCGUUUGACCGUGACCAGGAGUACCUUUACAUCACGACUCCAUUGAAGGUGCUGAAGCUUCCUGUUAGUGAGUGCUCGGAGUACACUGACUGCCAGUCCUGUCUGCUGGCGAGAGACCCGUACUGUGGCUGGUGCAUACUGCAGGGCAGGUGCAGUAAGAAGUCAGAGUGCACGAGAGCUGAGGAAGGCAUCCAGUGGCUCUGGAGCUACAGGGAGGGUCAACAGUGCCUGAGAGUACACACUCUGACCCCAGCUAACAUCAGCAGGGAGGAGCAUAAACAGGUCUUUGUAAGUGUUGCUGACUUACCCCUUCUUGCUGAGGACGAGUUCUACACCUGUCUGUUUGAGGAUUACUCCAGUCCUGCCACCAUUACUGAGAAUGGUGUCGUUUGCUGGUCCCCCAAACCCCAGCAUCUUCCACCUACAAAAGCAGGAGCAGAUCAUGUGACUGUCAGGUUGCAGCUGAUGUUCUUCAACAUCACGCUGACAACAGCCGAAUUCACGUUCUACGACUGCAGUGCAGUGCAACAGAUCUCCAGGAGUUCUCCGUGUCGAGGAUGUGUGAGCAGUCGAUGGGGCUGUAACUGGUGCGUGCUUCAGCACCAUUGUACCCACAACACCACCUGCGAGGAUGAGGUGAUCAUUUUUAAUGAGAAUUUUGUUCUACCCUAUGUGGCUCCUCCGACACUUCCAACCAAACCACUCCGUGUCAAUGUCACAGUGCUCCCGGCCACUCUCCUUCCCACCACGGUUGCCCUCACGACGAAGGCUACGACCGUUCCUGCCACCCCAUCCACCGUACCUGCCACCCCGACCACCGUACCUACCACAGUGCCGACUACUAUGGGUACCACAGCAGCAGCUUCUACCACCAAUGCAGCAGUGCCGACUGACCUGCUGACCACUGUGCCCACCACGUCAGCUCCAACAACAGUUCCCACCACUGCAGCGGUCACAACCACUCCGACCACACUGUCGACCACAGCCAGUGCCGUUGCGGCAGCAACCACCCCUGCUGUGGCUACAACCAUCGCUGAAACCACCACGGUGCAUGUGAGCAGCCUGUCCGAGACCAUGGCUGCGUCUGCAACGCCACCCACUGUGUUUACAGUGCAGAUGCCCACAAGCCCGGGCACAGUGGUUGGCAUUCCCACCUCCCAGACCACGGACGCUCCCGUUGCAGCCACGUCAGCCUCUCCCCUGGAUGCUACGGACCAGGAUGGUAUCCCUGUUGUCACAACCGCUCCUCCUCCUCCAGAUCCCACGGAGCCCCCUUCCACUCGGUUUGCGGUACCGACCGACCCCAGACCCGAUAACCCGACCACCUGGGUUCCUUCUGUCCCCUCUGAUUGGCCAGUGAAGGAAGUUGGUGACUGGAAGGAGCCAGAUGCUUGGGUAGACCCUGUGCAGGUUGAGAAUGACACAGCAGUGUUUUCAGCCGCUGCUAUGCUCCUAUCGGGUGACGGAGAUGUUGAGAACCCUUCUCCUGCUUUUCUCCACCUGCUCAACUCUGAGGUGGACUACCACUUUGACCCUGGCUCUCCAUCCUUCUCCAGACAGAGUGAUGAAGGGGUGAAUAAGGGACCCUUGGCCUGUCCCUGCGUAGAUGAAGUGCAAGGUUCAUCUCUUCUGCCAGUCAAUGUGGAACGAAAGAUUACACUGAUGGGCCAAAAUCUUCACUUCUUCCAGGACCCGGAAGGGGACUACGAAUGUGUGUUUGUUAUUGAGGGUCGGAUGGUGGUGGUGGAGGCAUUUGUCGAAGGCGAUGAUAAUGAUCCUACAUUCUACUUCAUCACUUGUCAGGUGCACCAGUAUGCCUACUCCACUCUCCAACAAGAGUAUAAUGCAACUGUAUAUGUCCAACGACGACCCAAUUAUAGAGUGGACAGCUUGCACGAUUUGCACAUUACCCUGUAUAACUGCUCUGUGGGUCGAACAGACUGCAGCCGUUGUCAGACUGCAGACACCAAGUACUCGUGUGUGUGGUGCGGAGGAGGAAAACCCAGCUGCGUAUACAAGGAGUCGUGUGUGGAUGGCGUGGAGCAGACCUGCCCGGCGCCUGUCAUCGAAUCGAUUGAGCCGAUGUCCGGACUGCAGGAAGGUGGCACCAUGCUCACCAUCUCCGGUUCAAACUUGGGCCAGCGAUUUGAGGACAUCCAGGACAUGGUGACGGUCGCUGGUAUCCAGUGCUGUGCUGACCCUCUUAAUUACGAGGUCUCCACCAGGAUUGUUUGCUACACAGCAGCUAGUGAGGAAGAGGUGUCGGGCAAAGUCACGGUCAAAGUAGCAGGCGGCGGUAACAGCAGCUCUACACAACUCUUCACAUAUCGGAACCCAGUACUGGUUUCUAUCUCUCCAUCUCAUGGUCCCAAAGCUGGAGGAACAUCUCUUGUCCUCAAUGGCGUCAAGUUGCUGACUGGCAGACCAAGUGAUAUCAAGGUGUUUGUGGGUGACCUCCCCUGUAACAUCUCUGGUGAAGUAAAGGAUGACCGUAUCCAGUGUUGCACAGCCUCCCACAACCAGACUGGAGACUUGCCCAUCACAGCCAUGUAUGGUGAUGUUCCUAAGCGACUGAAUGAGAUCUUCUACAGCUACACUGAGGAUCCAAACAUCACUGUUGUGCGACCGGACAAGAGUUUCCUGGGUGGAGGCCGAGUGAUCAGUGUCCAAGGGCAGAACCUGGAUGCAGUGCAGACACCACAGAUGAUGGUACGGUUACUCCCAAAGGAAAGGCGGCGGAGAUCAACCAAGCUCCAAGGCUGGCCGAGAAAGAGGAAAUGCAGAAUGACGAAGGACAGCCGUUCCAAUAGAACAGGUUUGCAUGAGUUUUAUGAGUCCUGCCAGGUGAACUCCUCCUCCUUCAUGACUUGUAAAACGCCGUCAAUCGAAGCCCCCAUCAACGACGCAGUGAUCACCGUGCACUUCAUCAUGGAUGGCCUGUGCUUCAAUUUCAAUGAAAUCAGUCCAACCAAGUUCACGUACAAGCCUGACCCCAUCCUGAAACCACUCAACGCAGAUGACCCUUUGAAACCUUACAGGCACAAACCCGGCAGUGUCCUUUCCGUAGAGGGAGAAAACCUGGAUCUUGCGAUUACAAAGGAAGAGGUGGUUGCGAUGGUGGGUGAGGGGAUGUGCCUUGUGAAAACUCUGACUGGCAAUCACCUGUACUGCCAGCCUCCCUCAGAGCAGCCUGCCCCACGAAAGAGGAGUAAGCGUGAAAGCACAGACACGCUGCCAGAAUUUAUAGUGCAAAUGGGAAAACUGAGUUUCACACUGGGAAAGAUCCAGUACGAUGCAGAGAGUCAGUCUAAUUUCCCACUGGAGGCACAGAUUGGACUUGGAGUGGGAGCAUCCAUCGUCGCAUUGAUUGUCCUGAUCAUUGUCCUUAUUUACAGGCGGAAAAGUAAACAGGCUCUGAGGGACUACAAGAAAGUACAGAUCCAGCUGGAGAAUCUAGAAACCAGUGUCCGUGAUCGAUGCAAGAAGGAGUUCACAGAUCUCAUGACUGAGAUGAUGGAUCUCUCCAGUGAUCUGGUUGGAACUGGAAUCCCAUUUCUGGAUUACAAGACCUAUGCCGAGCGAAUCUUUUUCCCGGGACACAGGGAAUCACCUCUGCAGCGGGAUCUGGAUGUGCCUGAAUCCCGCCGACAGACAGUGGAACAGGGGCUCGUCCAACUCUCUAACUUGCUGAACAGCAAGCUUUUCCUCACCAAGUUCAUUCACACAUUGGAGAGCCAGCGGACAUUUUCACCCCGCGAUCGUGCUUACGUGGCUUCGCUCUUAACUGUCUCGUUGCAUGGGAAGCUGGAGUAUUACACGGACAUCCUGAAAACACUGCUGAAUGACCUUGUGGAGCAAAACGUUGCCAAGAAUCCAAAACUCAUGCUGCGCAGGACGGAAACAGUGGUGGAGAAGUUGCUGACAAAUUGGAUGUCAAUCUGUCUGUAUGCAUUCCUCAGGGAUUCAGCAGGAGAGUCGCUCUACAUGCUGUUCCGAGCUAUCAAACACCAGGUGGAUAAAGGACCAGUCGACGCUGUGUCAGGAAAGGCCAAGUAUACCCUCAAUGACAACAGACUGCUCCGAGAGGACGUGGAGUAUCGGACACUGACGCUCAAUGUGCUGGUACAAAGUGGAGAAGAUGGACAGCCUUCACCUGUCAAAGUGCUGGACUGCGACACCAUCACCCAAGUCAAAGAGAAAAUCAUUGAUCAGAUCUACAAAGGGAUGACCUACUCAUUUCGACCACACGUGGAAACACUUGAUCUUGAGUGGAGAUCAGGGUUGGCUGGACAUCUCAUCCUUUCAGAUGAAGAUCUGACCUCUGUUGUCCAGGGAAACUGGAAACGUCUCAACACCUUGCAGCAUUAUAAGGUGACCGAUGGGGCCACGGUUGCUCUUGUUCCACGUCUCAGCAAGCACAUCCACCAUGAAAAUCAUGACUACAUUGCAGGAGAGAAGACACCAAUGCUAGAAGAUGCAGAUGAAGGAGGGAUCAAAGUCUGGCACCUGGUGAAAGCCAGUGAAGAGCCCGAGCUCCCCAAACACAGACGAGGCAGCCUGCGGGAGCGGGAGCGAGCCAAGGCUAUCCCCGAGAUCUACUUAACACGCUUGCUCUCCAUGAAGGGCACUCUGCAGAAGUUUGUGGAUGACCUCUUUCAGGUGAUUCUCAGCACCAGCCGGCCUGUUCCUCUUGCCGUUAAAUAUUUCUUUGAUCUCCUGGAUGAACAAGCAGUGCACCAUGGGAUAACUGACGCAGAAACGAUUCACAUCUGGAAAACAAACAGCCUGCCUCUUCGUUUCUGGAUAAACAUCAUAAAAAAUCCGCACUUCACCUUUGACGUUCAGGUGUCGGAUAAUGUGGACGCCAUGCUAUCGGUCAUUGCUCAGACCUUCAUGGACUCCUGUACAAUUGCAGAACACAAGCUGGGUCGGGAUUCUCCAAUUAACAAACUGUUGUAUGCCAGAGACAUCCCUCGAUAUAAACAGAUGGUGGAGAGGUACUAUGCAGACAUUCGACAGACCAUCUCAGCUAGUGACCAAGAAAUGAACUCUGCCUUGGCAGAACUGUCCAGGAAUUACUCCAGUGACAUGAAUUCUCUUGUAGCUCUCCAUGAACUCUACAAAUACAUCAACAAGUACUAUGACCAGAUCAUUACGGCACUAGAAGAGGACCCGACUGCACAGAAGAUGCAGCUUGGCUACCGGUUACAGCAAAUAGCUGCAUCAGUGGAAAACAAGGUCACGGACUUGUGACAGGAGAGACUACUGAGGAAUGGUGGAAAGGAGCAGUUGGGGCAUUAAUGUAGGGAAGGCACAUUAAGACAUUGGCUGGUGGACAGAGCUUGCAGAGUACGGGAGUGCCUUGUGGGAUCAUGCUUCAUCUGCUACUCCAGCUGUGUGAACGUAGGGAACCGCACUUCUGUGACGCAUCAGGUUUCACAUAACAGUAAAAGGAGUAUCCUUCCCCACUCCCAAGCCACUUCAACCUGCACAGAACAGUCUUUGGAAAGUGUUUAUAUUUUAGAUUAUUAAGUGACUUAGCAGACAACUCAGAAAACAUAAACCUAAAGAGUCAGUGCAGAAAUGGACAAAUGGUGUUAAUAUUUUUUUUCCAAUAAGAGAUUUUAAAUGUUUUUUUUAAACUAAUCCUAAAAACACGUAUUGCAGUCAUGUGUUGCCAUCUGCAAGAUGACAUUGGGGAAUGGCACACAUAUUGAGGCAAAGGCAUUGAAGCUGUCAUAAGGUAAAAUGUUGUUGGACCAAGUUAAUUCACAGUGACAGACUUCAAUAAAUACAGGGUAGAAUACAGUGGGCACUGUAUAAUCUAUUAACGAUCCAGUCAAGCACUCAUUUCUGGCUAGGAGAUGAGGUGUUCAAGUCCUCAGCCCUUUUGAUUAGUUUGAGGAGCUUUAAGAAAUGAAAUUGCCAUUUGCCUUUCCACCAGGGAUUUAAGAUGUGGUUAAAAGGGUUUAUGGAAUAGCCUGCCCAACAAGCUCCAUAAACACAGUGGUCUCUUACUUCACAACCAAUAUCCAUCAGAGAGAGAGACUUCUCUAACUAGAGCCUUCCUCCUUAAACCCAUGGAAUGGUGCUUGUAUAUAUCUUUUGUGUGGUCUUGCCUGAUGGGUGCCUGUGGUGAUGGCAAUCUCCAUGAAAUGGAAGGAAGUACAUAUUGUUAAUCUGGCAUCUCAUUAUAUAAACCACAGGCCUGCUGAAUUCUACAAAUUGACUUUAAUUGUUAUUCACCUGUUGUCUUCCAUGUUUCAGCCAUUGAUUGGGUAUCCAAAUCCUCUGGUAACUUCGGCUGAUUCAAGUAAGUAAGGCUACUCAGCUGAGACUGAUGGCAGCCCGCCAGGUUAAAUUUUGAGGCCACAGUAACAAAUAACAGGGGAUUAUUGCAUGGUGUUAAAGUUGGCAUUCGUUUCUUUUUGGAUCACAAUUAAACGCUUAGUAUUCUUUUAAUGUUAAAGGGCUAAACGACAACGGAAACAUUUUAUUAUAAAACAGUACCUACAGUCACCCAGAUGGCCCGGUUUCAAGCCAGGAAAAAUCUUGAUUCAAAUGUAUCUGAAAUCCCAGUUUAUUAAAAGUUUCUAAAGAAACUGCUGUUACAUUUUAGGUAUUUGCAACUUGUUCCUAUCCGUCCUGAACCAUUGUGUACAUUCUAAGAUUCUGAUAUACUUGUUGAAGCAAAUUACGUUAAUAUCAUUGUAUCAAGUGACUGAUUUCAUCUGAGCCACGUGACCACCGGAAGUCAGUCAACUUGUAAUUUUUUUUUGACUCUUUAUUUCAGUUAAAAUGUCUGAUGCCUUUUUGGCCCAAAAAUGCCACAGACAGAUUACCAGUGUCUGGUAGGAAGUGAAGAGAAGAGAAUUAUAAGUGGGGGUGGUGGUAGGGUUGUGAGUAGUAGGACCUGGAUUUGAAGUUUUAAAAACUGUUCAAAUGUCCAUAAUAAUGGAUGUCAGUUUUCAUUACUUUUCUUCAAAGUAGGUUUAAUUAUAUUUUUUAUUUAUUGUUGUCAGAAAUAGUAUUCCAUGCACAUCCAGUAUUCUAACAGCAGUGUUAAUUAUGAGAGGGAAAUUAAGACUAACAUAGUGUGUUGAGUAGCAGAUAUUUUCCCUUGAACUGCAGGAUCCACAGUCAUUCCUCUACUUGGGGUUUAUGCAGUAAAGUUCUUUAAGUGUGGGAUGGGACUUCAUUUUCAACUUUGAAAUACAUAAUUGUAUUGAUAAUUUUUUAUAUCAUCUCAAUUUAUGAUAAGUACACAUGCUUGGUUUAAAAAAAAGCAAUCCACAAUAAAAUUCCAUGCAGAUUUUUGUCACAGCUACUUAGCAACGUCUUUGAUGUUGUUGGUCCUAUGUUACUAAAAAUGCAGCCACACACCUCAUUGUAGCCGUAGUGGUGUUUAUCUGCAUGAAGGGCCUAUUUUUUAAUGAUAUAAUAUGGGAAGUUUCAGUGGCAGUAGCUGAUUGCACAGCUUAGUUACAGGAAAAUAAAUCAUGCAAGUCCUACAGUUCACCAUUAGCUGAGUCAUUUGAUUUACAAUGAAGCAGCAAUUCUUCUACAAAACCUUUCAGAAGUAUUAAUAGUCCACUCAAAUGUGAACUUGUAUAAAGCAUUCUAUCUCAGAGUUCUGUGGUGGAAAAAUAAUGGUCUUUGUUGGAAUGUCAAGCCACCUUUCAAAAGCAUGAUGAACCAUGAGCCAACUACCUUUUUCUGUCACCUUUUCUUGGUGUGUACAAGUAACAAUGGUGAGAUCAGCUGGUGCUAUGGGUGAAUUUCCCAUGCACAAGAUUACAACGAUUGUAACUGUGACUAAACCACUGAAAUAGAUAUCUUUUCUAAAAAAAACCUUUCCAAAACUUAUAAUUUUUUUAAAAAAAUAGUAUGUAUUUAUUUAUUUAGUGGGCAUGGCCUAGUUAGAUGUGGACACUGGUACAUUUGUGUAUCAUUUGAAUUUUAAAACGUUCUUCAAUCUAUUGUAACGAACAAGCACUUAUCUGCCUUCAAGAGCACAAAGAUCACAAACUGAGGGACCUAUGACAACAGCAAACCGAACUGCCAUUGAGCUCCUGCAAAGGCUCAGUGAACAGCUUUGGAAACCUUUCCAGUGAGGUGAAAUGGUGUUGACAUCUUUGUCCCUUCGGGUGAGAAUGGACCAUAUCUCCUCCUCCUAAUCUAGCAGCAGAGAAGACAAACUUCAUAUCAAGUUCAAAAGAAUGAAUAUGUUUGCUUUUACACUUUUUUUGAAUUUUUAAUGACCAUCAGAAGAUUUGAUUCUUGCAUUGCUGAUAGUAGAUUAAUCAUUUCUUUACUCCACAAGUUAAUUAGUCAAGAGAUUAACACUCCUCUGUCAAGAUUGUUGAGGGAUGAGAAUACCAUACCUAUUCAGAGCACAUUGAUUUCAAGGUAGUUGAUGUUCAGGCCAGAAUGUAUCCUUACACCAGCAAGGAGGGUGAAAAAUGCAUUAAUUGGACCAGCUCCAAGAUUUUUGCCUCCAGAUACCCUUCAUUUCCUGUGGAAAUCUUGUGCAUUGUGGAGAGUGAGCCUUCCUUUUGUAUUGUUGAGGAGAACUGUGUCCGUGUAUAUUGUGAUGGUGGCGGUAUGGGUACAGGUUUUGGUGAUGGUCAAGGCAGAUGACUAAAGUAAAUCAGAUGGUCUUGGGUUCUAAAUAUGGCAACUGCAUUUCUGUGACUGCCUUUUUAUUCAUCAAGAUUAAUUCAUGAAAUUGUAAUUCUUUAUACAUAAUUCUGGAGUGCCCUUGAGCACUCUGGAAUUGUGCACCCAGAAAUAAAAUUUGAUGAACUAAUUAAACUUUAGUUCUCUCUAAAGGGCUGAUUAUAGUUUUAUAUUGUCUAAAUUUCUGGAAUCCUGCUUUAUUCAAUUGGGUAGGGGCUUAAUGUGGGUUGCUGAGUGUAAAUUAUCAUUUCGAGGACCAGGAUUUUACAUGCAGUUUUAAGGGUUUAUUAGCAUAGUUGUUAGAAAGUUGCUGAGCAUGCAUGUUAAUGAGAGUUGUUCAUUAUAAUAACUAUGAAUAGUAUUGCCUUAAUUCUUGUUCGGGUUUUUUAUUGGCGAUUUAAAGUUACUGUUUUUGGAGAUUUAUCGUCAGAAGAAUUAUAUUUCAUUGUUUUUUAAUAUAUGCUUCUAAUGUCUUGACAUUUUACACAUUAUUAACUAUUCCAGUAUCCCCAUUCCCAAGCCAAGGGUGGAUUUACUAUGUGAAAGUUAGGUCCACGAUACGGGGGAAAAAGAAUAGCCUUUUUAUUCUGUUCUUCUCCCUUCCUGGAAUGUUUCAGCUGAUGGGAGAACUUGCCUGUGAUUUAAGAACAAGGACAAAUUCAGUUCUCCUGCUUCAUGUGAUAACCUCUGAAUGCACGUACCUUGUAUCAUUUUGCUUAUACACCCCUGUCUGCCUCAUUUAACACCUACUCAGAAGCAGUUCUACUGUGCUGUCCCUUUUUACUAAAAAUACAUUUGUUCAUAUCUUAUUCAUAAUUGUAAAGUAGUGCCCUUUGUCUCUAAAUUCUCUUAAAUUCCAAUAAUAAUUAUUGACCUUAAAACUAAGGUGUAUAAAUGUUAAUUUUUUUAACUCUAGUUGCAUUAGCAAAGAUGCAAUGGCUUUAAUAUUCACUAUUCUGUUUGAUAAACUGAAAUCUAGUUAGGAAUCAGGAAUACAAAGGAUAACAUUUUAUACGUUAAAGUGCGAGUUCUUUAUAAAUUUGCAAUACCAAAUUAUUGUUUGGAUUUGAGAAUAUCCAAGUUAAAAUAACGUCUGACUUUUCCAAAUAGUUGCAGAUAUUUUUCCCAAAACAGUAUCUGUUCACCCACUCUAUAUAAAUUUAAAGUUACUUUGCAGUCUGUAUCCUAAGUGCAUGAUAAGAACAAGAGCAAUUUAUUUGCUUAUGGAAAAAAUGUUUUGGACUGUGUUUUCAAGUGAGAUAAAGUUGAAAUUCAUUGUCUACUUUAAGAAGAAAAACUUCCAAACCUUGCUAGCUGUAGGAGCAGAGGAGGAAAGAGAUGCUUUGAAUCGCUUAAAAUAGCCAAUUAACAUCAUUUUGAAGCGUCCAGUGCUUACAAAUAUGUUACUGUUUUGUCCUGUAUGAUUUGAUAGAAAUAUUGAAUACAACUGCAAAUUGUCAAUCAGAAGAAUUGAUAUAAAAGGAUUUCCUAGAAGCAAUAAUGAAUAAGUUAAAGUUUACCAUGCCCUUCCUGUUUCUGAAUUGGUAUUUUGUAACACCAUUAACAACAUUUUUAAAAUGUGAAAUGUAUUUUGUUUAAUAUGAGCCAAAGCAUUCAAAAAAUUGAUUUGGGUGCAGCAGUUGAAAUGCUCCCUGGAGGAUUCUUUGUUACAAGGCUAACUGCACAGCAUUUGGCAGAUAAAACAUUUUCCUAUUAGUAAGAAGAAAACUGACAUGGAUUUUGCAAAUAAAUGUCACUGGGCAUUCGUAAUGAUUGCACCAUGAAUUGCAAGUAUAAGGCUGGCACAGUGACGCAGCCACUGCCUCAGUGCCAAAAACCUGUGAUCAGUCCUGACCUGGGACGCUGUCUGUGUGUAGUUUGCUCUUUCUCUCUGUGACUACCUGGGUGUCCUCCAGCUGUUCCGGUUAUCUCCCACAUCCUAAAGAUGUGCAAGGUGGCAGGAUACUUGACCAGUGUAAAUCGCCCCUAGUAUGUAGGUGAAUGGUAGAAUUCAGUAGGGAGUAUUAGAAUGUGGGGAGAAUUUUUUUUUUAAAAAGGAAGGGUUAAUGUAGGAUUAGCACAAAAGUGUGGUCAAUGGUUGUGUGGACUCAGUGGGCCAAAAGGCCCAUUACUUUCUCUCUCUGUGAACCUGGCAGCAACUUCUUCAGUACACACGUAGGCAGUUACAUGUGGAAACCCAAAAGCUGCUGUCUGUUUUGCAGCCAAGACCAAUGUAAUUUCAAUCAGUGAAUUGAGUAUUUCAGGUAUUUGUGAAUUAUUCUCACUGUAAAGUGCCCUGAUAAUGAUGUGCUUUGAGGCAAAGGUUUGUGAGUUUUUAAUGGUCUAUUAAGCCAUCAUUACUGCUUAGUAAACUCUCUGGCCCUAAAAAAAAAUAAUUUUUUUGUGUGUGCAUUUUAAUUGCUUCAGAUAAUUAUCCCAAAAUGUAAUGGAUAUUAAAAUAACUUUAUUUUAAAGAGUUUAUUUAUCAUUAUUAAGCCUUGCCCUUUAACUUGUGUGUUUGCUCCCUCAUGCUCUUUAAGAAUGUAAAAUACUAAUUCAAAAUCGUGCUUUUUUUUUACCUCCUGGUUUGCUGUCUGUAAGAAUUUUCACUGUGACUGGCUGCCCAGCCAGACUGGGUGAUAGCACUAUGGGUGGAUGCCCCUGGAUUUGAUGCCUGAUGGCCAAUGGCAUUGGAAAAAGGGGAAUUUCAUGCCGUAGAGCUCGCUGGUUCUUUGUGGAUAUAUUUCUUUGAGGCUAGCGAUCAGCAUUGUCACUUGGCCUCUGGCUGCAAUAUCUCGGCAUUGUAUUUAACUUUACCAAGAAAAAUAUGCCCUGGAUUGUAAUGAAUUUGACCAUUUCGGGACUGUGACUUUAACUCUUUUCAGCCCAUUAUUUGAUCUAGUCACAACAAAAUGUUUCUGAACACAAGCUAAGCUACUGUUGUAUACCAGAUGGGGAAAAAAAAUUGGUAAAGGUCAUAUUUUUAGCGAGUGGAGCCCCACAGCACUUGUGCAUUGGUAUUUCCUGGACAAUAAAUAAACAUUACUACUUACUUAGAAAGCCAUUCAGCUAACAUCUGUAGAUAUUUGAACUUCCUACAUUAAUGCCAGUGGCAAAAACACAAAACCAUCUUAAACCCUGAACCUGUGCAUGAAUUCGGAUCUUUAAUGAAAGACCUGGCUUUUCAGAGCAACAUUUCCUCUAACUCUGACCAGUAAACAACAGGAGAUGCACCGUGAAAAAGAACUUGCAUUUGAGUAGAGGCUUUCACAUUAAUAGGCCAUCAACAGUGCUUUGGAUCUGUUGUAGUACUUUCACUUCCAGUUACUGUUGUAAUAAUUUUAUGUUCCAAUCCAGGAUACUUUUUGUAUUUAGUAUUUUUCAGUUUGCAUUCAGUAACCUCUACAACCAUUACUGGGGGAAAUAGGAUGGGAAACAGGACAUCUUAGUCAUAAUGGACAGUACAUAGGUCAAUGUAGUUUGUGUGCUUGUACCUGUAUAAAUGAAGACGGUGCAGGAGUUGGCAUUUGGACCAAGAUUUGGGGGGGGGGGGGGUCUCAAUUUUAUUCUUAAGUCUUCUACUACCACCACCACCACCAUUUAACAACAAAAACCCUGCCCAUGUUUGCUUUUCUUACUAGUGCAGUAUCUGCACUAAUAUUUUCUUGGUAUUGGCAUGUCUGUCACCACUUGAUCUCUGCUGGAAAUAUCAGUUGCUGAAUCGCACUGACUUGCAGUUGUAUAUAGUAACAGUGAUGUAUUUAUAUACUGAAGGAGAUUAAAAUGUUUUACUGUCUAGUGUAAGAUAAUGUGUAGAGCUGGCUCUGCAAUGAGCACAGAUUUGUUAAUUUUUAGAAAAAUCAUCAGCAAUGUAAUAUCUGUAAAUAACCAAAUCGACUAGCUCCUUACUGUAAUCUUUAUUAAAGAAAAGAGUACAAAUUACAAACAAUAAAAUUUUCCAAAAAAUGAA